AUGGCGCCGCACACUGUCAAAUGGGGCAUCAUGGCCACCGGCUGGAUCGCCGAGACCUUCUGCAAGGAUCUCUUGACCAACCCUGCCGCCCGCGAUGUGACCGAUGUCGCCCACAAGAUCGUCGCCGUCUCCUCCUCCCGCGACGCCCAAAAGGCCCGCGACUUCAUCAAGAAGAUUGACGGCCCCUCGGACGCUGCCACCUACGGCUCGUACGCCGAACUUGUCGCGGACCCCAACGUCGACAUCAUCUACGUCGCGACUCCGCACAGCCACCACUUCCAGAACGCCAUGCUGGCCCUCGAUGCCGGCAAGAAUGUGCUCUGCGAGAAGGCCCUGACCGUCACCGCCGACCAAACCCGCCGCCUCGUCGAGACCGCUCGCGCCAAGAAGCUCUUCUUCAUGGAGGCCGUCUGGACCCGUUACUUCCCCCUCAGCAUCAAGAUCCGCGAGCUCAUCGCUACCGGCGCCAUCGGCAAGGUCUGCCGCGCCACCGCCGACCUGUCCUUCAACAACAACACCGAGGACCCCAACAAGCUGUCUUUCCCUGACUCCCAUCGCAUGGUCAACCCAGAGCUGGCUGGCGGCGCUCUGCUGGAUCUGGGCAUCUACUCUUUGACGUGGAUCUUCCAGACCCUGUACCACCUGCAGGAGGGUGAGAAGGAGUCCCCCCAGGUUCUCGCGGCCGUGCAGAAGUACCCCGUCACCGGCGCCGACGAGUCCACCAGCAUGAUCCUCAACUUCCCCAAGCACCAGAUGACCGGUAUCGCGACGACCUCGAUGCGCGUGGCAACCGACCCUGAUGGCGCUGGCAAGUCUGCACCCGCCAUCCGCGUCCAGGGCUCCGAGGGUGAAAUCCAGGUCGCCCACCCCGCCUUCAGGCCGCUGUCGUACAAGUUCAUCAAGAAGGACGGCACGGUCGAGGCCGUCGACUGCCCCAUCCCCACGGACCCGGGCCGCAACAACUGGGGCCACGGUAUGUUCUGGGAGGCCGACGAGUGCGCGCGCUGCUUGCGCGACGGCAAACUCGAGAGCUCAACGCUGCCGCUUUCGGAGAGUCUCGUCAUCAUGGAGACGAUGGACAGCGCCAUCAAGCAGGGCGGCAUCAAGUACCCCGAACUCAUCACCACCGACAAGUUUGACCCCAAGAGCCCGCUGAACCUCGGAAACGCCUGA